AUGACGCAUUAUGUCGUGUUUUUGCCGCCAAAGAUUGGGAAAACAUUGACAAAGAGUGGAACACCGCUCUCCUGGACUUCUACAACUGUUCAUGUCGACAUUGCACACUCUGACUCGGCGACGGAACUGGAUAAUACAUCAGGUGGAGCAGCAAAUGAACCCGUAGCUCAGCAGCAGGUCGACAUCGAAGCACCUCUGCACUCAAUGGCGAUUUCUCAGACAUCCUCGGCUCUAUGGAACGAAUUCUUGCUCCCCGAAAGCCAAAUAGUCUUUUCGGGUGAACAAGUAUCGCACAACUAUGCUGGAGCGAUUCCAAACGAGAACAAGACGAGGGAAGACGCCUAUCACUCGCAGAGUCGAUUCACGUUCCGCACUACUCAGACGACUGAAAACUACGAAUGGUCUUUGACAAAUAAGAGCCGCCUUUUGCCCUCGCAAAUGAGUGGCGGUGGUGGCGAUUCAGUACAGAGCUCUCUUCGAGCCCCUUUCCCACCCACAUCUCAGACGGUUCCCGAGUCUCGAUGUCCUGGAACAAGGCGAACUCAGCGUACAUCGUUUGAGGAGAGCGCAGAAACCGAGUCACAAAACGUCUCUGAUUCGUCCAUCAUGCAUUUACCAACCUUUCAUAUUCCAUUGCGCCAACUUGUCAAGGUUUCGUCUCUCCUCGAGUUUUGCAACGAAGUUGGAAAUGACGAUCCAUUUGCUGCGGGAGGGUCAAGGACUAUUCCGGCUGUCCUGGUUGCUAUCAUGGACGUUGAUGCCCCAACUACCAUCACAUUGAAGAAGGGCCUCGACGCCGGAAAGGAAGUCGCGUUGUUGAAACUGGUGCUCGGCGAUCCAGAGGGUGGGAUGAUCAAGCUUACGGCAUGGCGAGACGCGGCAGAACGAUGGGGGACUGAAAUUAGAAAAGGGGAUGUUGUUCUCCUACAGAACCUUCAACUGACGCACAACGCAAUCGAAAACUCUACGAAUCUGACGGCCUCGGAUAAUAUGCGCUCCCAAGCCACCGUGUGCUACCGCACGAUGCCCGUCGUCGCCAGUGAUCGCAGAUACCGACCAGACCUUCGAGUUGCAGGCUUUGACAAGGGAGUAGCCAAGGUCAAACAAGUGGCUGAAUGGAUAGUUCAACAAGCGUAUAAUACUGGUACCAUCUAG